CCACUGAACAUCACUUCCUGAAGCAGAGCCCCGUAUGUUUCAAAAUCGAGGUCCAUCGGAGCUGCUCUGCUGGGGAUAGAUAGCCAUAGCAUAAUACAUUCAUGCUGGAUAGUCGUCCCACGGCUUCCUAACAAUAUUCAGGUCCACUAUGGCCAACGAAGAUCUAAUUUCAGUGGAUUAUGAAAUUUUUGGAAGAGUGCAAGGUGUAUUUUUUCGGAAAUACACUCAAGCAGAAGGGAAGAAACUUGGUCUGGUGGGAUGGGUCCAAAACACAGGCGCAGGAACUGUUCAGGGGCAGCUACAAGGCCCACGCAGCAAGGUGAAAGAAAUGCAAGUAUGGCUGAAAUCCACCGGGAGCCCCAAGUCAAACAUAACCAAGGCAGAGUUCAAGAAUGAGAAAACGGUCAAUAGCCUAGAACACUCAACUUUUAACAUAGUAAAAUGAAAUAACUCAUAGAUUGUGCUUGUAAUGUUAACUUUGAAGCAUAUGUUUUAUUUAUUUAGUAUUUUCUUAUUGGUUGGAUUGCAAUUCAAGUCAUGAAUUAAAAAAGAUGUGUUAAGGUUAUGUCUCCUUAACAUCUACAAUAUGGAAUUACAUUCAAUAAAUGGAAAAUUCCUUUCA